UCCGUGUGCAGCCUUUAUUCUAACCGUUACCCCAGAAGUCCCACCCUGUACCUGAUGGAGGUGGAAAAGCACACAAUCUGAAGAGAGGUGUAGUCAUAUCUAAGGUCAACUCCAUCAGAGCUAGAACAUUUGUGUAGACUGAGGUUGAGCCUAGCAGCAGCCGUACAAACUAGUUUGUAGUUUUGUUUGUACAACAUUCGAGGAGUGUGAGCAGACACCAUGGCGGUGACAUUAUGCCAGGUGAUGGGCUUUGUGCUGGGCCUUUUGGGGCUGGGGGGCAUUGUUGCUGCUACAGCCAUGGACAUGUGGAGUACGGAGGAUCUGUACGACAACCCCGUCACAUCCAUCUUCAGCUACGCGGGCCUGUGGAGGUCCUGUGUAAGACAGAGCUCGGGAUUCACUGAGUGCAGACCCUAUUUCACCAUCCUGGGACUUCCAGGCCUAUUCCAAGGAGUGAGAGCACUUAUGAUUGUGGGCAUUGUUCUUGGAGUAAUCGGAGCCCUCAUUGCCAUUUUUGCCCUUAAGUGCCUCAGAAUGGGCAACAUGGAGGAUCGUGUGAAAGCGACCAUGACUCUGACUUCAGGGGUCAUGUUUGUUAUUGCUGGGAUUUGUGCCAUUGCUGGGGUUUCCAUCUUUGCCAAUUUGAUCGUGACCAACUUUGCGCUCACUACCUUUACCUCACCUAAUGGCUUGGGUGUAGUUGGCUCUGGUCUUGUUGGAUCACCGCUUACGCCGAGAUACACGUUCGGCUCUGCCCUGUUCGUUGGUUGGGUCGGUGGCGGCGUUCUGUUUGUUGGUGGUAUCUUGUUGUGUUUGGCCUGUCGUGGACUGAUGCCUGAGAAACGCUAUGAAGGAACGGCGUACAAACCUGCAACCCAAAGUGGCAUCUACAGGUCAGAAGGCUAUUCCAAGAACCAUAACAGCUCCUACAAGGCUCACAGCAUAGACGGCAGACCGACCAACCAACGAUUUGACUAUGUUUGAAACUUGCUAAUAGGCAUAAGUGACCAUGAGAUAUUAAUACAGCCAGAUUAAAGUGAAACAGACACAACACAAUGCCCAAAGCAAUAUGCAUGUAAUAGUAAUUACUGUAGAAUCAGUUCAGAAUAAUUCUAUAACAGAGGAGAAUUUAUAAAACACAUAUACAAAUGAAAUAGAAUAGAGCUUAAAAUCUCUGCUAGAGAGAAACCUUUUGGACUUUUAGGCUGAAGUCUAAGCAGAAAAAGGAUUCUGCCCAUGUUGAAAAGAAUGUAACGAUGGUAUUUUAGGUAUUUUCUUCUGUUCUUUAUUCUGGUUGUGUUUUUCUGGGAAACUAGUUUUUUUUUCAAACCUUUUUUUUGUAGGUUUCUAUUCUGUUUAUGUUAUGCCGGUUAAAAUGAAAACCUAUGCACUUAGAGCUCUACAAGGGUGCAUUAGAUCUUGACAUAAGUUUUAGGACUUUGCUGUUUAGUAUGUUUUCUUUUGUGCUUAUGAAACGCACGUUUUUAUACUUGCUUUACAAUAGUGCAUUAUUUAAACUGUUCAAAUAUUACAGCUUCCUAACAUGUUAUAGUUUAUUUCUGUUGUACUUAUUGUAUUUGGUUAUAAAAUAGUGUAUUGUUGUUCUGAGUUGUUUGGCCCACAUGCAUCCAUAUUGUCUUACUGUAUGCUUUUCUGCUGUGGACCAGUUGUGUCCUCUGUAGGAUGAGACAUCCCUGUGCUUUAGAAUCCAGAAUAAUAGAAUAGAAUCUGUCAUGUGGGACAGACGAAGUGUGGGCCGGCUCUUUCCUUAUUUACCAUAUAAGUUUAAAUUAGAUAAUACUUUCUAUUGCUAAAAUAAAGCUAUACCAUUCUCUAUACAAACAUUCACUUGUUUCACACUUUAUUUUCAGCAGCUAUUUACCACUUACAUAAAAGAUGUACUUAAAAUGUGUAACACCUGUUCAUGACUAAAUUGAGAUUCUUAUGAAGCAUAAACAUUUUGAAACAUUGCAAUUCUAUGUUUCAGAUGCAAAAUUCUUUACAAAAUUCUACACCACACAUGAAUAGAAAUGUCUAUAUAAGUAAGUCUAUAAAAUGUCUAUAUACUCUAAAUAAUAAAAAUACUGAAAUAGUUUUUGGCUCCAAAUAAAAGCCAAAAGUGUUUGCAAUCUAGGUAACUU